AUGUUGCAAUCGGAAAUCCAACACCACCACCAUCAUCACCUCCUUCACCACCACCAACAUCACCAGCAGCAGCAGCAGCAGCAGCAACAGCAGCAACAACAGCAGCAGCAUCAACAGCAACAACAGCAACAGCUAGUAUUGCCACCGCACCAGUACCCGUUCCCUGUUCACCACAUGCUCGUUACAUGCAACACCACGAACACCACCACCACCUCGGCCACGAACGCCCACCAAACCGCCAACCCAUUGCCAGCCACCCACACGCACCACCAACAGCAGUACACCACCGCUGCUGACAUAUUACCCGUCCAGCACCAUUUCCACGGCCCCGCGGUAGCCGCACUGCUAUCCCCACAGCCAGCCGUCGCCAAACACAAAACCGACCGCAUCAAGUUCACGCCAUACUAA